CCCCCGUGCGUGCCCUUUGAACCCGGAAGCGAGCGAGCGUCGCCCGCCCUCCCACGUCUGUAAACAUUUUCCCUGUUGCAGUAAGGAGAGGGAGAGAGAGAAGUAAAUACAUUCAAUCGUCGCUAAUUUGCGGGCGGCGGGGGGGGGGGUGUUUAGUGUUGUCGUCGUCGCAUCUAUUUAAAAUCAACGACACCCAUCGAUGUUCGGCGUCGUGUCGCUCCAGUCGGUCAUGCUGCUGGUGGCGGUGGCAUUCGUGGUGGCAUUCGUACUGCUGCUCUACAUGCUGUCUCCACUCGUCAACCCCGCACGGCUGGGGCUCAGCGGCGCUCAUGUGGUGGUGACUGGUGGAUCUAGUGGCAUUGGGAAAGCCAUCGCCAUCGAGUGUGUCCGACAGGGAGCCUGUGUUACUCUGGUGGCCAGGAACGAGGCGAAGCUUCUGCAGGCGAAGAGGGAGGCUGAAGAGCACGUUGUAAAUGAAAGCCAGGCAGUGCUGUGCAUCUCGGUUGAUGUGUCAAAUGACUUCAACCAAGUUGAAAGUGUUAUUAAACAGGCUCAAGAGAAACUUGGGCCGGUGGACAUGCUCGUCAAUGCUGCCGGCACUUCAGUCGCCGGACGCUUUGAAGACAUCAAACCUCAGGAGUUCAAGCGGCUGAUGGAGGUGAACUACCUGGGCAGCGUGUUCACCAGCCUGGCGGUGGUGCCGGGCAUGAAGGAGCGGCGGAAGGGCCGUGUGGUGUACGUGUCCUCGCAGGCUGGUCAGCUGGGCCUCUACGGCUUCACGGCGUACUCACCGACCAAGUUUGCCCUCCGCGGUCUGGCCGAGGCCCUGCAGAUGGAGGUUAAGCCAUACAAUGUGUACGUGACACUGGCCUUUCCACCAGACACGGACACCCCUGGCUUUCAUGAGGAAAUCAAGGACAAGCCACUGGAGACGAAGCUGAUAUCAGAGACCGCCGGCCUCUACCAACCAGAAUUUGUUGCAAAGGUCAUAGUAAAGGAUGCUGUGCUCGGAAACUUUAACAGUUCUGUGGGCUCCGAUGGCUACAUGCUUUGCUCCCUUACGUCCGGAAUGUCCCCCGUCACCAGCAUCACCGAGGGCCUUCAGCAGGUGGUGACCAUGGGUCUCUUCCGGCUCAUCUCCCUCUUCUACCUGUGCAGCUUCGACAGCAUAGUUCGUCGCUGCAUGAUGAAGAGAGAAGGCUGCACCUCCCCAAAGACGGAGUGAUUGCUGCCUUCACACGGACGUACGGUCCAGACUCCUACCCUAGGGGAUUGUGCGGUGCCCAACUCCCAGUUCCCAACUGCGUUAUCUGCUACUGUUUUGAUAAUUGGUCUCAGGUAUGUGUACGAAGAGGAACACCUGCAGAAUGCCAUAGAGUAGUGCAGGACAUGUGCACGCACGUGAGAUCCACGUGCGUGCAUUGGCGCAGGACCAAUGCAAAUGCUGGAGCAAUGUAUGAACAUCUUUACACGUGACAAAAAGUAUCCUGCCUGGUAACCUGUCCACUUUAAUAUCACGGCUUAACAGUGACAACUGAUUGUCAACGCUUUAAAGUUUAUUCAUUUGGAACAUUGCGUCCUUGUAGACCUCGCAAGUGAAACAAGAAUAAAUGACAAACAACAUGGAUUAGCAUGUUUUGCAUUGACGGGCAAGGAUGUCAGAAAUUUUGUAUGUACAAUGUGUUUUUCCAUUACACGAAGGAGAAAAGCUCAGAUUUUAGGGGUAAUGAGUCUGCAUUAUAUGUUGUUGUGUACAUGCAAGUGAAAUUUUGAAAUAUUGAAAGCAAUAAAGCGCCAAUUUUUUGUUGUUGCUA